AUGGUCACAAGAGCCACCACCGACGUCAACGAGUCCACACGGUGGUGCCACGCGUUGGCAAUCAGAACUUUGGAGUUGAGACGCUCGCCAACACGGCUGGUGGCCCGGAAAAGCCACUCCUUGGCCCCGAUCGACGCCAAGGCCAGCCAGGCCGCGUUGAUGUCGGCGCCCUGCACAGCCUCGUGCGCGUCGUGGUGGUCGUGCACAUGGGUGUGGGUGUGCGAAUGGCCGUGGAUCGGCAGGGACUGGAUCAUGUCCAUGACUCCGUGGGGGAGAACCGGCGUCAUGAUGUCGAUCAAGGACCCCCACCCGAUCUGGAACCCGGCAUACAGCAAAAUCGCAGACACAAAGAACGAACCAAGCGUCUCCACCUUGCCAAACCCAAACGGAUACAGCUCGCUGGGCUUUCUGGUGCUGUACUUGACGGUGGACAAAGUCAGCACGUCGGACACCAGGUCCCCCACGGCAUGCACGGAAUCGGCCACCAGGGCUUGCGAGUGGAAGUACAGCCCGCCUGCAAACUUGGAAACGGCCAUGGUGACGUUAACCCCGAGUCCAAUCCAGGUGAUCUUCACCCCCUCAUUGGCCCAGUCUUUGGUAUCGUACAACUUGGCGGAGUCGGGAUCGUGCGAGUGGGAGUGGCCGCCCGAAUGCGAGUGGGAGUGUGCUCCCAGGUGGGAAAUGGGCAGAUGCGGGUUGAAAAAGUCCUUCACUUUGGACCACGGAGUUUUCGACACUGGCGCUGCUGGCGGCGGCGUGGUGUGCGAAUGCUGGUGCUGGUGGCCCGCGUUCAGCACAAGCCGACCUGUGCUGAAGUGGAGCCGGGUGCCAGCAGUGCGGAACCGCACAGGAGUUAUCAUUCUACCCUGCACCGUCUGGGCGAUCUGCUCCAGCUGGCCGUACGUGGUGGAGUACUCGUCCAGCACAGAAACAACGUUGCCCCGCGUUUCGCGGUCCAACGGCAGCGACUCGUACUUCUCGUACAACUGCUGGAGCUGUUGCACAUCGCCGAGAUUCUUGGCCAGCUCCCGGUUCGCCUCCAUCGCCUGUGCGUACACCAGCUGCAGCUUGUCGAUGGUCUCCUGGUCCUGUGUCGACCCAACAUGGAGCCCCUCCUCCAGCAGCUCGGCCACCGCAGGCGUGUCGAUCGCCUGCUCCACCAGUUCGUUGUACUUGAUGAUCUCGUUCGAGUACUCCAGCAGCUGGUCCAUCUCGGGCGUCGAGAUCGGCAGGUGCGGGAUCUCCUUGAUCAGCCGGUCAAGAUCCUCCAGCUCGUUCCAGGACUCUGUGUCGGAACUGUACUCCAUCUUGCGCUGCCGCAUCCGCGUUGACACCUUAAAUUGCAGAAAUUUCAACGCCCGAGCUACCCAGUCCUCCGUCAGCCUGUACAGCCGGCGCAGCUGGUCAAACACCUCGUACGCGUCGCGGUCCUGCGGGUCGAGCUUGUCCACUCUCGGGAAAAUCGACUCUCCUUCGGUCAACAGCGGCCGGAUCAGUUUCGUCGACGGCUUGUCGUAG